AUGAGUCAAAAUCUCCACUCAUCACAGUGUCAGCAUUUGCCGGGAGACAAAUUUCAUAAAGCCUUAAAGAAAUGCAGGUCAUGUCUAUCUCGGUGGAAGUCUCAGCAUCCCAAUAAUUCACUUAAAAAGAUUCAGAAAUUAAAGACGCUAUUGGGUCAACAGUAUGAUUCAAAUCCUAUAGACUAUGAACGUAUAAAAAGCCUCAAAGUUGAGCUGACGAAAGAAUACAGAAUGGAAGAAGAGUAUUGGAAGACUAAAAGUAGAAUCCAAUGGCUUCAAGCUGGAGACAGAAAUACAAGCUUAUUUCAAUCUGAGGGAGGCAGCAAUGUGGACUCUGUUGUAACCUACAUUAAGCCGAGGGUAACUCAGGAAAUGAAUCAGGCGCUUACUAAACCAGUUACAGAAGAGGAGCUUUAUAAUGCGAUUCAUUGUAUGGCCAGAGAAAAAGCUCCUGGACCUGAUGGUUUAAACCCUGGCUUCUUUCAGGAUCAUUGGCAUAUCAUCAAGUCAGUCAAGUUAGACAUUAGCAAAGCAUUUGACAAGGUGGAGUGGAACUAUAUAGCUGCUGUGAUGAAACAAAUGGGCUUUUCGGAAGUCUGGUGUAGAUGGGUGAUGAAGUGUUUCACUACCGCAUCAUACUCAGUGUUGAUCAACGGUCAACCGGUUGGUGAUAUCAAACCCCAGCGAGGAGCACUUCAUGGAUUCAAAGCAAGCAGAAGUGGACCUCCAAUUUCACAUCUGCUGUUCGCUGAUGACUCCUUGCUUUUCUGUAGAGCUACAGAGAAUGAAUGUAAUACACUUCUACACAUCCUUCGAACGUAUGAACGAGUUUCAGGAAAGGAAGUGCUACUGAAAUCGGUUGUGACUGCCAUUCCGUCCUACAGUAUGUCCUGCUUUAUGCUCCCGAAAAGCAUUACUAACCAGAUCAAUAGUGCAAUGAGGAGAUUUUGGUGGUCUGCAUCAAAGGACAGGCAUAAGAUCCCAUGGGUGGCUUGGAAAAAGAUAACAGAGACUAAGAAGAAUGGUGGCUUUGGUAUCCGUGACUUACGGGAUUUCAAUAUAGCAAUGUUAGCCAAGCAGGGUUGGUGUAUGCUACAGCAUCCUACAUCCCUACUAGCUCGAGUUUUCAAAGCUAAGUAUUUCCCCAAGACAAAUAUUUUCCAUGCGGAACUCAAGGGCCAGCCAAGCUAUGCAUGGAGAAGUAUUUAUCAAGUACCACCAACACCGGCUUAUGGUCCUGGGAUUAACAGUUAUCCAAAAUUAAAAGUUAGCGAUUUGUUGGAUAGAAGGACUAUUACAUGGAAUGAGCAGCUCUUAGAGCAUAUUAUAGAUCCUGAGGAUAUUGUAACAAUCAAGCGCAUUCGUCCUUCUAUUGCAGGAGUAGCAGACUCACUUCAUUGGAUUCAUACUGCUGAUGGUGCCUACUCUGUAAAAUCAGGAUAUCAUGCUCUCCGUAAGUUAGCUCAUUCAACCGUAUCUAAUACUUCUUCCUUUUCUAAUAAUCAAAGCUUAUUUACGCAAUGUUGGAAGCAUAAUGUUCCUCCUAAAGUUAAGCAUUUCUGGUGGAGAGUUCUCCAUAAUGCUCUUCCAACUGCAGUAAAUUUGAAGAAAAGGAAGAUAUUACAUGAUGAUACUUGUCAGAGAUGCGGUGAAGCACCUGAAACUGUCAAUCACAUGAUUUUUCAAUGCCGGCUCCAGACCAAAAUGCAGGUGUUGGUUGGAUCCUUUUUAACAAGUAAAGGGAUGGAAGCAAUAUGCCCCACAGGUAGCCCAAUUGAGACUGAAGCAAUAGCUUUAAGGAGUGCAAUCCUUCACGUCAAACGCUUGGGUUACGAACACGUUACAUUUUGUGGAGAUGCAGCAAAUCUAUAUCAAGCUAUUCACAGGUCACUCAGAUCCCAAAUUUGCAACAGCAACGAUCACUCCUUGCUUACAACAUAUAUUCAAGAUAUAAAAGAUCUUGUGUCUAAGAGUGCUGGAUUUAGUUUCUUAAAAGUGCCUCGUAAUGUAAACUAUGCUUCUGAUAGGCUAGCUAAGAUAGCAAGAACUCGGGUAACUGGUAGUGUAAUAUCAUGGAACGAAAACUAUGUAAAUUGA